AUGUCUGUUCAAGCGAAGCUUAUCCACGCACUCUGUGUGUUGCAUAACUUCAUCCGCAUCCACGACCCUGAAGACCUCGAUGACAUGGUCCAUGCUGAACUUGACCGUGUUCCCAAUCCACCGGAGCUAUCAGACUUAGGCACACGGUUAGCCAGAGCAGAGCAGAAGAGGGCGUCAGACAGGCGGGAGAGAAUUGCACAGGCGAUGUGGGACAGUUAUCAGGCAUAUGUGAAUGGUAAUUAG